CUGAAUCAGCUUAUUUGUUCCUUCAUUUUCUCCCAUUUUUCUCUGCCUCAUCACUCUGUUUCUACAACUUUGACAGCAGCUGCUCAUCAGUUUGGCCCGACGAUCUCUUGUUGCAACUCAAAAUUCGGCGAAUUCUGAGCGUUCAGUGUUCAGAGGAUCGAACUUUUCAUUUGGCAAAAUGGAGAUACCGGUCCCUUCAGUUUUUUGUAGUCUCUUCUUUAUUGUGUUGUUCCUACUUCUACCAGAGACAUCUCUGCCUGAACCAAGAUCCCAGACAGUCCAGACCAUAUGUGGAAACCAACGCGAGCAUAACAUGACGAUUUUCGUCCCAAAUUUUGUUGCUACUAUGGAAACUAUAAGCCAACAAAUGAGAACUAGAGGAUAUGGAGUACCAGUUACUGGAACUGGACCAGAUAGUGAUUAUGGACUUGCCCAAUGCUAUGGUGACCUUUCGUUAACCGACUGCGUCUUAUGUUAUGCUGAAGCGCGUACUGUUGGUCCCCAGUGCUUCCCUUAUAACGGAACACAUAUUUAUCUUGAUGGCUGCUUUAUGAGAACAGAAAAUUACAAAUUCUAUGAACAGUAUUUAGGUCCGGAAGACAGGCAUGUAUGCGGAAACAGGACGACAAAGGGUUCAUUGUUCCAACAGAAUGCUAGGCGAGCCCUUCAGCAAGCAGUUGCAAAUGCACCAAGUAAUAAUGGCUAUGCUCGUGCUCAAGUGUCAGUGCCCGGUCCUUCCAACGAAACAGCUUAUGUUCUUGCUAAUUGUUGGAGGAUGCUGAGCGCGAAUUCCUGCGCAGCGUGCUUGAAAAAUGCAUCUGCCUCCAUGUUGGGAUGCUUCCCUUGGUCGGAAGGUAGAGCGCUGUACACCGGAUGCUUCAUGAGGUAUUCCGAUACAAAGUUUCUCAAUGCUAUUUCUACCAGUGGAGACUCGUCAUCAGGAGGAAAAGUUGCACUCAUUGUCAUCGUCAUUGUAAGUUCCAUGCUCAUUUUGGGAGUAGGUGUUGUCAUUGGUAUUUAUGUCUGGAAAAACAAGCAAAUCCAGAAGAAGAGAAAAGGUGCAAAUGAUGCCGAGAAAUUAGUAAAGAUCCUUCUUGACAACAGAUUGAACUUCAAGUAUUCGACACUUGACAAAGCCACAGGGUCAUUUGACGAGGCCAACAAGCUCGGACAAGGUGGAUUUGGCACGGUUUAUAAGGGUGUCUUGGCAGAUGGGAGAGAGAUUGUUGUCAAAAGGUUGUUCUUCAACAACAAACACAGAGCUGCAGAUUUUUAUAACGAGGUUAACAUAAUCAGUACAAUUGAACACAAAAAUUUGUUAAGGUUAUUGGGAUGCAGCUGCUCAGGACCGGAAAGCCUUCUUGUUUACGAGUUCCUCCCUAACCAGAGUCUUGAUCGCUUCAUAUUUGAUCCUACCAAAGAUAAAGCUCUAAACUAGGAGAAAAGAUUCGAGAUAAUUAUAGGGACCACAGAAGGUUUGGUAUACCUACACGAGAACACAAAGACUCGAAUAAUUCACAGAGACAUUAAAGCAAGCAAUAUCCUGUUGGACUCAAGGCUCCAUGCAAAGAUUGCUGAUUUUGGGUUGGCUAGGUCAUUCCAAGAAGACAAGAGUCACAUAAGCACUGCCAUUGCUGGCACAUUGGGAUAUAUGGCUCCAGAAUACUUAGCACAUGGCCAAUUGACAGAAAAAGCAGAUGUUUAUACCUUUUGAGUUCUUCUACUAGAAAUUGUUACCGGAAGGCAAAAUAACAGGAGAAAAAAUGCCGAAUACACAAAGAGCUUAGUUUCCAUUGUAAUUUCUGAUCAAUCACUCU